GCUGCAUCUCUGCUUUCGACUCGGCUUAGGUCAGACAGACAGGUGCGCUCCAGGUGCUUCACACACACACACACUGAAAACCAAAAGCACUUUCUGAAACACCUGUAACCAGCUACUUGAUAACACUUGUAAUGGAACAUAUUUCACUUCUAUUUUAUUCAUUGGAUUUUUGUGUUUAACAUUUAAAGUGUCAAUUAUUUUUUGCCCAGACUCAGUUUAGCUGUUUAGUAGAGUUUUAUGAAUUCUGUCAGAAUAUUCAAGCUACAUUAAAAAAAAGUGUUCAUCUUAUAACUGGGAGUGACACUGUGUUGAACACAAUCAUGCUAAUGUAAAACAAGUUGUCAGACAGGUUAAUAUGUUGUUGAAUGACUGACACUCUAGAGGAGUCCCUGAAGGCAACUUCUUUACUUCCUCCUCUGUGUCCUCAUGUGCCACCUCAGGAGUAAAGAUGUACAGAACUACAAGGUCCCCAAUGAUGCAGCCACUGGUCAACUCAGGAAUGGGCAUGGCUCCUUUCUUCAAGGUAAACUCACACUUGACCGAGCACAUAUCAGCGCACUCCAAAAUGAGAUUUCGAACUGGACCAGAUGAAGCUGGAGGCACUGAUGUGUUACAUUAUGAGUCCUGUGCGUCUCUCUGCUUGAGACUUUACUGCCGAUUGAUUUCCUCGCUCCUCCCCUGGUUCUGGUCUCCUCAGGUGACUGUGUUCGAGCAGGAGCAUUUCCAGGGCAAGUGCCUGGAGUUCACCUCCGAGUGCUGCAACAUCCAGGAGUGCGGACUGGACAACAUCCGUUCCAUCAGGGUGGAGAGCGGAGCCUGGGUGGGUUUCGAGCACCAUGACUUCCAGGGCCAGCAGUUCAUCCUGGAGAGAGGAGAGUACCCCCACUGGGACGCUUACAGCGGUUCCCUCUCCUACCACGUGGAGCGCCUCAUGUCUCUGCGCCCCAUCUACUGCGCCGCCCACCAGAGCAGCCGCAUGAUCAUCUUUGAGAGGGAGAACUUCAUGGGCCGCAGCGUGGAGAUCUGCGACGACUACCCCUCUCUGCAGGGCAUGGGCUGGAUGAUGCCUGAAGUUGGCUCCAUGCACGUCCAGUGUGGCGCCUUCGUGUGCUACCAGUACCCUGGCUACAGGGGCCAGCAGUACAUCAUGGAGUGUGAGAGACACAGCGGAGACUACCAGCACUGGAGGAACUGGGGCUCCCACUGUCAGACCCCCCAGAUCCAGUCCAUCAGGCGCAUCCAGCACUGAGGGGAGGAGGACAGGCUGAGACUGAGGCCACGGCCCACAGACAGCACCUCCCCUUGACUCCCCCUCCCAUUACCCAUUACCCUCCUUUUUCUUUCUUUCUCUCUCCAAACCUUUCCUUCCUCUUGAUUUGAGCCGCCCCAAAUCUCCCACACCACCCACCCUCCUCCGAGUCAACACCACCACUGAUUUACAGCCGCUGCCAGAGUGUGAUAAGAGACAAUAUCGCACUGUUAAAGCACAUGGAAACACACGCCCCACACAACAACACGCUCACACAACGCUGAUGUUAACUGACACUCGCGCAGUGUCUUUUUAUUUGGUUUAGAGGUGCCCUACGCACAUCCACACACGCAAACACACACCUGCGCUGUACUCUCACCUGAGCUGGGCGAUGAGUAGAACGUUUUCCUCGGCGAGCCGGAGCCAAACAGAGGCGGUGGGGGGAGGGGGGGAGAAGCGAACGACCACGAAAAAAACCCUCCCCGGCCGCAUUCUCUCUCGUCAGUGCAGCGGACCGUGCUGCGGUGCAGCUCAGAUGUGUUCUGUUGUUGUGUGUAGGAGGUUGAUCCACAGGUUGAUGACUAAUAAACUCAUUUUCACUUCAUGGAUUCUUGUUUUAUUACUGAUAGGUUUGUGUGUGUGAUACCUGAGAGAGCAUGGAUUUUUAGAAACAUGAAUAAAGUGGGCUGUCCACUCCCCUCUCUCUGCAGCACCAAGCACACAGGCGUUUUUCUCUUCACACAGAGCAGUA